UUAGGCGAGAUUUUACGCGAUCUGUCCAAAUCCAUGGACCGUUAAGCAUCACUCAAGAAAAAUUCUCGGACGGUUCAUGAAACCCUAAAACAGAGAAAUCCCUCUCUCUCUCUCGAUCAAUAUGUAUCCUUCAAGAAUGCAGUCUCCAUGUAUAGACGCCUGUAAGACCUUCGCGAGCUCACACCAGCGGUUUCUAGGGUUUCUUAGUCAUCACUCUCUCUCCUCAUCCUCAUCCUCAUCCUCUUCAUCAUCAUCAUCAUCAUCAUCAUCAUCGUCAUCAUCAUCUUCUCUGACCUUCGUCUCUGUCCGCAAGCCCUACCCCUGCGUAUCGUGCAGGUUCAGCAACGAACGCAAUAGGAGCCCCAGCCGCGAGAAGCAUAGAGAGAGAAACAGCAGUGAAAGUAAAGAGAGAGUGAAGGGGACGAGGGGCAAGGACAAUCUGUGGAGCGUCGAUAAUGCGAUGGCUGAGGAGAGGACUGGUCCGACGAGGAAGAGAGGGAAGAAGCUGAGGAGUGUGAGGAAGAGGUCUAAAGGCGAUAAGGUUAUGGUCUCUGGUGCUAUGUUAAUGGAGGUUGAGACUGUUCUUCAAACUCAGGAACCGGUUAUUCGACCAGCAUGGAAUACCUUUGCUAGUAGUGUUAGUGGGAUAUGGAAGGGAUUGGGAGCAGUAUUUUCACCCAUAACAGCUGAGAUGGAGCCCAUUGAGAUUGGAAAUAAAAGUGAAAACCUUUAUGACUGCUAUACCCUUUCCGGUAUUGAGGUAGUGCCAUCCCCAUCUGUAGGGAAGACAUCUCAGAUUCGAAGGAUAAUAAACUGGGUGACACUGAAUCCGUAUGGUGAAAUUCAGCUUCUGAAUGGAGGGAGCAAUAGCAGCAAAGUAAAAUCUAAAGAUGGGGAUGCAUCUUUACCUGUGAAGGAAACAGGUGAUGGAAGCCCGAAAAGACAUGUAUUGCCGAAAUUUGAGUCUUUCAACUUUAAAACUAGUGAUGUGAUGGAAGAAGAUCUAAUGGGCAUGGAGCCUGGUCUUGUUUUCUUUGAGGAUGGAUCGUACUCCAGAGGUCCAGUUGAUAUUCCAGUUGGUGAAGCUACUGAAUCUAAUUACUACCUUAACCCAACUUUCAAGUUUGAACAAUGUUUGGUGAAAGGUUGCCAUAAAAGACUGCGGAUUGUUCAUACGAUAGAAUUCAGUAAUGGCGGUUCAGACAUACAAAUUAUGAGGGUUGCUGUUUAUGAAGAACAGUGGGCCAGCCCUGCUAAUAUCCUUGACCAAAGCGAUCUGGAGUUUGAUUUGAAGCCAUUUUCUCAGAGAAAAAGAACUCAGCCAUCAGAGCUGACUGGUUCUUGGAAGGUGUUUGAGGUGAGUGCUACACCUAUCUAUGGUGAAGAAGAAGAGAUGCUAACAGAGGAAAACAAUGGCACUCCUUAUGUGUACCUUUGCACAGAGACUUUGAAGAAGAGAAACUUGCCCGAGAAUCUGGUUUACUUUGGAGAGGAAGAGUUGCUAGACAUGCAGGACGUGACCGUCCUUUGGCUGCCUGGUGGUGUCACAGGUUAUGUUGAUGUGAACAAAGAUGGCAUCCUAUGUAUUGGAGUCGGGUGGUACUCGGAUGAAGGGAUCAAUCUUGUUAUGGAGAGAGAUUAUGGAGUUGAUGGAAAGCUUAAAGAGGUUCGAUCGAAGUCUGAAAUAAAGAGAAGAUGGUCUGAUCCAAUACCCGGAAACCCAAGUGAUAUAAUUGACUUGCUGGGCCCAGCCUGAGGCGUCUCCAACGGUGUACUGUGUUGAGUAUGCUGCCGGAGGUGGCGGUGGCGGGGAGGUGCCUGCUGCCGUGACAGUGACGGCUAGCUUCAUGCCUGAUUGGCAGUGACCGGGAGUGGGACAUAUGAAGUACAUUGAACCGGUGGUAGUAAGGUAAACAUUGUUAUUUCCUCCAGUAUAGGAUGUGAGGGCAUUGGCGGUGUUGCAGCUGUUGUAGUCGCUUUGGCUAACUACGUCCACGCUGUGCAAAGUGGCAGCAUAUGUGAACACUGGUAAUCAAGAUGAACAUGUGAUGUGAUUAGUUUCAAUCUAUUUUUUUUUUUUUUUCAAAUUAAAAAAGCUUGAGAGGACUACGUCAAUAUAUAUUUUUAUGUUUUAGUCACCAUUCAUUACUAAUUGAUUUUGAUAUGGUCUA